CAAAAGACAUCUCAACAUUGGGCCCAUAAUUGCUUUCUUUUGGAUAUGAUAUUCUCCAAUUGUGAUCUCUAGGAUUGAAUGCAUCAGUCUGAAUAUCGCUCAGGUAAUCAUGCUAUGCAAUUCUAUUAAUCCUAAUUCAUUUAGGAUCAUUUGUAAGAUCUGUUACAUAGUUCAACAUUCACCCUGUGUAAUUUGAUUAAUGAAUUGAGUUAUUGGUAAAAGAAAAAAAAUUACCAAGAAUGUCGUAGUGAAGCAUAACCCAAAACUUUGCCAAACUAUUGUAAGCAUUUAUGAUGUGUGAUUUUUAUCUUAUUAAUUGACAUCUUUCCUUGUAUAAAUGUAGUGGAGAAAUGGGUAGAUGGUAAAGCAGAGAAUUACCAAGAAUAUCGCAAUGAAACUGAACUUAGUGUUGGGCUUUUUACUCUAGCUGGUUUUUUUUUUUUUUUUUCUUUCUUCUUUUUCCACCCAAUUUAGUCUUCCUCUUCCAAGAUCAUGCUUGUGCUGUGGAAGAGUUAAACUUGGGACUUAUAGUUUUCAUUGGAGUUUUAGUAUAAGGAGUAUAGUUAUGGUUGGAGAUUUGGAGAACAGUUUGUUGUAAAAUUGAAUUGCAUUGGGAUUAUUUCAUUUUUUAAACUGUUAUUGUCUUAGAUUGAGCCACCCUUUUAUGCAAAUAAACCUGAAAAGAACACAGUAUUUGUGUGCCGGCCUUUUACCCACAAGUAAAAAUGUCGUUUCUUGAUACUGUGUACUUCAACAUUUCUGAGGAGACUUGCUAUAAUUUAUAGUUGCACCUGUGCAGCCAGUGGGAUUUUGGGUUAUGGGACUAAUGAUGGACCUUUGAGUGUGGUGGAAACAUGGAAUGCUGCUGAAAGAGAGAGCAAUGGAAGAUCCCCGUUCUGUCAAUAGUCCAAGAAGGGUCCUCAGUCUCUCAAGGAAAAGCAGGGGAACUCUGUCAUUUCCAGAGCCUGAUGACAACAAAGCUUCUGGGUUUGGUGUGUCCGGAGAUCAUGGUCCAAACCCUUCUGAAGUGUAUGGCUUUGUUGGCGCCAUCUCAACUGUUGUUGCUACUGUUAUUUGCUUGAUAUGGGCAUAUCUUCCUGAGCCUUGGUUACACUUCAUUGGGAUCUAUUAUUAUCCUAGCAGAUGAGUACAGUAUAGAACCUUUGAGCUUUGAUGAGCCUUCAAUGGAAGGUGAUGAGCAACCAAUCGAGCCCAUAUUUGAUAUUGGCAUCAACCUAAUCAAUGAUCUCAUGUUCAAUGACCAGAAAUGACGGUCCACCCUUGGAUGAUGCCCGUGCUGCCCCAGUACCUUGUAUAUUCCUGAUAUGAAAUUAUCAUUAUGCUAUUGAAGAGUUAAUUUUGAUACAUUGAGACCUGUUCUAAGAGAGUGAGAAAAUACAUAAAGUAAUUCGUAUGCAAUUAGCUUGGGCUAAUAUUUUCGUGGUGCAAUGUGAAUGAAGUAUGCAAGCUGUGAGAAAUCUGAAAGUAGUAACAUGGCAAGUAAUGGUGGGAUAGGUGAACAGUUACCGUGGGACCUUGGGCGAUCAAAGCUAAGUUCUUUUGAAGGCUCUGAUUGCAGUAGAAUUCUGAGUCAAAUGAGACCAACGUAAGCUAUUGGCAGCAAUGCCCCCUUCAUUCAAACCUGCAUUAGUUUUCACGAUGUGAAGCUGCUUCUUUCUCUUCAUUGUAUUUUUUGUUUGUUACUCUUCUUGUUUGAGUUGUGGUGAUAUUGGCCUCUCUAUAUAUACCUUGUAAUUGAACUUUUCAAGUUUUGGGUUUGGCUGGUGUAAUAAUAGUUGAAUAUGAAUCUUAAAGUGAAAGCAUUUUUAGUGUCUUUCAUGUAGAUGGC